UCUUCAUCUUCACGUCAAAGUAAAGGAAGGAAUAUUGCCACUAUCUUACUCAUGGCUGCACAGAAAGUUGCUCUGAUCACAGCUGGCACAGCGGGUCUAGGAGCUGCUAUUGCUCGUGUCCUAGCACCAGACUUCCGAGUGGUGAUCAACUAUGCAAACAACACUUCUCGCGCCGAAGACGUCUUGAAAGAGCUCAACAACAUCCCCAGCACCGUCUCUUCCCAACAGUCCCCUCGCUUCCACGCCAUAAAAGCAGACAUUGGCAACCGCGACGCCAUCACCUCCCUCGUCCAAGAAACAAUCAGCACCAUGGGCCGUCUCGACGUCGUAGUCUCCAACGCCGGCUACACGCGCCUAACGAACUUUAUGAACUUUGACGAACAGCACUUUGACGAAGACUGGGAUAAAUGCUUCCUCUACAAUGUGAAAGCACACAUGUGGUUGGCUUACGCAUGUCGCGAACACUUGGAUGCAAGCGAAGGUGCUUUUAUCACUACAGCGAGUAUUGCUGGUGUCAAGCCUAGUGGGAGUUCGUUGCCCUAUGCGGUCACCAAAGCUGCGAGUAUACAUUUGACAAAGUGUUUGGCAAAUAUUUGUGCUCCGAAGAUCAGGUUCAAUUCUGUGGCUCCUGGGUUGAUGCUUACGGAGUGGGGGUUGAAGUUUUCGGAACAGAAGAGGGAGGCGCAUAAGAAUAACACAAAGUUGAAGAGACUGCCUGAGGUUGAUGUAAGUGGAUUUGGAGCAUAA